UUUCGACUAUGUGUAUUCUCUCUGUCUCUCUCUCAUUCCACAGCUUUUUGUUCUGUCUCUUCCAUUUUCGAUCUAAGAGGUUCCACACCGACGCCGUCUGAAUUCUUGACAUCGGAGUUGAGUUUUGGUACUGUCAUUCUGUCUCUCUCUCUCGCGCAUUCCACAACUUUUUGUUCUCUCUCUUCCAUUUUCGAUCCAAGAGGAUCCACACCGACGGUAUUCUCGACAUCGGAGUUGAGUUUAUGUACUAUCCGUUUUGGUUGUAGCAGCGGGCAUCCCCUAACGUCAUUACACGGUGAGUCGGUGUUGAUCCAUUUGAAGAAGGUAUGUAUCUUUGAAACAUAUGUUGUACUCGAUUGUUGAAUGUUUAUUUGACCUCGCUUCGUAGCUUAAUUAUAUGAGUCAUGUGUGCUCGGUGAUUUGGUGAAUUUGUUGUCCGUUUAGAUGAGAAAAUCCCAAUCUAAGUACCACCGGGUCUACAUGAUGGUUGAGAACAUACUGAAGCUAUUUCGUUUAGAAACUACGACCUUAGUCCAUCGAUUUUUGAAAUGUAAAAGUAGGCGAAAAUGACACGUCAUUCUCGAAAACGCACAACGGUAUAGUGUGCUAAACAAGAUGCCUAUGCAAGUCAAGCAUAUGGAUCAGUUAGUUAAUGUCACCGAUUACGAUUGCGUCACUAAUCUACGCAUGGACCGUAAUACCUUUGGCCGGCUGUGUUGAAUUCUAUCAAAUCGUGGUGGGUUGACAACUGGACAGUGUGUUGGUGUCGAGGAAUAGGUAGCGAUGUUCGUUAUUGUGUUGGCACAUCAUUGUAAAAAUUGGGUUGUUAAGUUCCAAUUCUGGAGGUCCGGAUCUAUGGUGUCACAUUACGCGAGCAAAGUUCUUGGAGUUGUUCUUAGCCUACAUGGGAAAUUGUUAUCUAACCCUGAGGCGGUACCCACUGACUGUAUGGACUCCCGUUGGAAAUGGUUCAAGGGAUGUCUUGGGGCACUUGACAGUACACACAUCAACAUAUUAGUGAGCAGUACGGAUAAGCCACGCUAUCGAACCCGUAAAGGACAAAUUGCAACCAAUACCUUGGCGGUUUGUGAUCGGAACAUGCAAAUUGUAUUUGUCCUCUCCGGAUGGGAGGGUUCGUCGGGGGAUUCACAGUGUUACGUGAUGCUGUCACGCAAGAAGGAGGUUUAAAGGUCCCACAAGGAUGUUAUUACCUAUGCGAUAAUGGGUACGCAAAUAGCAAUGGUUUCUUGACGCCGUACAAAGGAGUACGUUACCACCUCAAGGAGUGGGGUCCUGGCAAUGCGGCGCCGCAGAUUCAAAAGGAGUUGUUCAACAUGCGGCACAUGAAGGCGAGGAAUUUAAUCGAGCGCGCGUUUGCUGUUUUGAAGAUGAGUUGGGGCAUCUUACGAUGUGCCUCUUAUUACCCAAUCAAAACUCAAAUACGGAUAAUAUUGGCAUGUUUUCUAUUGCAUGAAGGGACUGAAUGGAAGGCCAGCGAGGACUACGUUAAGGCGAAGGAUGCUAUCUGGCGUGAAAUGAUUGCGGAGAAUGACUUUGUUAUUGCCUAUUACCUACAUGAUGAGCCCGAAUAUGGCAACUUAAUUCUGUUGUUUGGUCUAGCUUCGCCCAGCGAAGACGACAUGGGGGAGGUGGUUGGUCCGUCUAACCGUAAGGGAUGAAGGGAACUAGGGUUUGGGUUGUUUUCUUGUUAAGAUCUAUUUUGACUAUUUUGGAUAUUAUUAGGUGUAAGAAUUUCGUUGUCUACCGUUAAUUUCUGAAGUUAUGCGAUGGAUUGUAAUGGUGUUUAUGUGAUUGUUUGUUUCAUGUUAGGGUUGGACGAUAUUUUGUACUACAUCGUCGUAAUGAUAUUUGGGGUUUGAUGUUA